AUGGCUACCUACGCUCUUUCAGAAUCCCACAAGGCUCUCCUCCAAGACAGACUCGAGUCUUUUGACCCCGAAGUCGCCUCCAUCAUGAAGGACGAAAUUCAACGCCAAAAGGAGAGUAUCGUCCUCAUUGCUUCUGAGAACUUCACCUCCAAGGCUGUCUUUGAUGCCCUUGGAUCACCCAUGUGCAACAAGUACUCUGAGGGCUACCCUGGCGCUAGAUACUACGGUGGUAACCAGCACAUUGACCGCAUUGAGCGAUUGUGCCAACAGCGCGCUCUCGAUGCCUUCCACCUCGACCACGAGAAGUGGGGUGUCAAUGUCCAGACCCUCUCCGGCUCUCCUGCCAACCUCCAGGUCUACCAGGCCAUCAUGAAGCCCCAUGAGCGUCUCAUGGGUCUCGACCUCCCCCACGGUGGCCAUCUUUCUCACGGUUACCAAACUGACACCAGAAAGAUUUCUGCUGUCUCCACUUACUUUGAGACCAUGCCCUACCGUGUUAACCUUGAGACUGGCAUCAUUGACUACGACAUGCUCGAGAAGACCGCCAUUCUUUACAGACCCAAGGUCCUCGUCGCCGGUACCUCUGCUUACUGCCGUCUCAUUGACUACAAGCGCAUGCGCGAAAUCGCUGACAAGGUUGGUGCUUACCUCGUUGUCGACAUGGCCCACAUCUCUGGUCUCAUUGCCGCUGGUGUCAUCCCCUCUCCCUUUGAGUACGCUGACAUUGUCACCACCACCACCCACAAGUCUCUCCGUGGUCCUCGUGGUGCCAUGAUCUUCUUCAGAAAGGGCGUCCGCUCUGUCAACCCCAAGACUGGCGAGCCUAUCCUCUACGACCUUGAGAACCCCAUCAACUUCUCUGUCUUCCCCGGCCACCAGGGUGGCCCCCACAACCACACCAUCACCGCUCUUGCUGUUGCCCUCAAGCAGGCUCAGACUCCUGAGUUUGUUGAGUACCAGAAGCAGGUCCUCAAGAACGCCAAGUCCCUCGAGGAGAAGUUCAAGGAGCUCGGCUACAACCUUGUCUCCAACGGUACCGACUCCCACAUGGUCCUCGUUUCUCUCCGUGACAAGGGCAUUGACGGUGCUCGUGUCGAGGCUGUCUGCGAGGCUAUCAACAUUGCCCUCAACAAGAACUCCAUCCCUGGUGACAAGUCUGCCCUUGUUCCUGGCGGUGUCAGAAUCGGUGCUCCUGCCAUGACCACCCGUGGUCUUGGUGAGGAAGACUUCAAGCGUGUUGUUGAGUACAUUGACCGUGCCAUCAACAUUGCCAUUGAUGUCCAGAAGUCUCUCCCCAAGGAGGCCAACAAGCUCAAGGAUUUCAAGGCCGUUAUUGCCAAGGGCAACGAGACUUUGGAUGGUCUUAGAGAUGAGAUUUCCCAGUGGGCCAAGCAGUUCCCUCUUCCCGUUUAA